AUGGGUGAUUCGCGAGACAUCGUGCUGCAUAAACGCGAUGAUAAGCUAAAACGGAUCGCAGAGACUCAUCGAUCAUACGACGCGCUUCAAUACGCCAUUCUCUUCCCCCGGGGCGAGGAUGGCUAUUAUUUCGAAAUACAGCUCAUUAAUCCUCGCACCCGGAAACCUCGAGAGCCGACAGAAAAGAUCUCAUCGAUGGCAUUUUAUGCGUACAGAAUAAUGGUGCGAGACGAUCAAGAAAACUAUCUCCUCAAGUGCUGUCAGCUUUUCAACCAGUUCAUCGUAGAUUGUUACGCCAAGAUAGAAGGAGAACGUCUUCGAUUCCUAAGACUGAAUCAAUGCAAAAUACGGUCGGAGAGCUACAUUCAUUUGAAAGAUGCCCUGGCGAAGAACGGCAAUCUCGAUAACGUUGGCCAGCCCUGCAUUUUGCCAUAAACUUUCAUCGGCAGUCCGAGACAAAUGCAUGAGUAUACUCAAGAUGCGAUGACCUACGUCAGACACUACGGAACGCCGGAUCUUUUCAUCACAUUCACAUGCAACCCGGCAUGGGAUGAGAUUCAAAUGCUGCUCUCAGAUGGUCAGAACCCUAGUGAUAGACACGAUCUCAUCGCGAGGGUGUUCCGUCAGAAACGAGCGAGACUACUCGCUACCAUCAAAGAUUGUUGUAUUUUCGGCGACGUUCGGUGCUGGAUGUACACAAUCGAAUCUCAGAAACGGGGCUUACCCCUUUCCCAUAAUUGGAUUUGGUUGAAAGAAAAGAUCACCCCUGUUCAAAUCGACCAAGUGAUAUCAGCAGAGAUUCCCGACAAGAAUUUAGAUCCAGAGCUGCACCGAAUCGUCGUGCAAAGUAUGGUGCACGGUUCCUGCGGCAGCAAAAAUCCAUUCUCCCCCUGCAUGGAUCAGGAAAAGAAGAUUUGCACGAAAAAUUACCCGCGAUCACUGAUAAAAUACACUCACACUGGACGUGAUGGGUAUCCCAGGUACCGACGUAGAUCCGUCCAUUUGAAGCGGGGAAUAGCGGAGUCCGAAAUUGACAACUCCUGGAUUGUUCCCUACAGUCCACUGCUUUCAAAGAUGUUCGGAGCUCACAUUAAUGUGGAAUAUUGUAAAACCAUUAAAGCCAUUAGAUACAUCUGUAAAUACGUAAACGUAAAGCAUAAAAAGGGUCUGAAAGGCGGAAGCAAUGACGAGAUCACGCAGUACCAGUUCGGGAGAUACAUCUGUGCCAAUGAGGCCGUAUGGCGGAUCCUAAGUUUCCCCAUCCAUCAACGGUAUCCUACUGUCUUACAUCUUUGUGUGCAUUUGGAAAAUGGACAAAAGAUGUACUGCACUGCUAACAACGUCUACGAUAGUAUCCAAGAACCCCCGACAACUACGCUCACGGCAUUCUUUGAUUUAUGCAAAGAUGAUGCCUUCGCUCAAACUUUGAUGUUCAAAAAGAAGUUCGAGAAGCAUAUUUGUCUCCAGAUGAACAACAAAACGUUAGACAGAGUGGGCCUCCAAAGCCCUCGAAGAGAGUCCAAUAUGUCGCUGGAUGCGGAUUAUUUCCGCGAAAAGAAUUUCGACACCGAAGCACUCAAAGAUCACGUUCAGAGUACGGGGUCUCUGAUGAACCCAGAUCAGAAGAUAGCCUACGACCUAAUAAUGAUGAAAAUAGUAGGAAUGCAGCAGGGAAUCGUGUUCCUCGAUGCUCCAGGAGGAACUGGUGAAACAUUCCUCACAAAUCUACUCCUAGCCGAAAUCCGCAGCAAAGGUGGCAUGGCACUAGCGAUGGCGUCUUCGGGGAUCGCCGCGACUUGGCUGCACGGAGGUCGAACCGCACAUGCGACAUUGGAACUACCCCUGGAUAUUGCUAAACAAGAUUUUCUCGUUUGCAACAUAAGCAAGCGUAGUGGCAUGGCAAAAGUGCUGGAAUCUUGCAAGCUAAUCGUAUGGGAUGAAUGCACAAUGGCACAUAAGAAAUCCCUGGAGGCUUUGCACAGGACGUUACAAGACAUCAGGGGAAAUCAUUUGCUUAUGGGAGGAGUCCCAGUCUUACUAUGUGGCGAUUUUCGACAGACUUUGCCCGUGAUUCCAAAGGCGACACCCGCGGACGGAAUCGCUUGCUUGAAAACAUCAGUACUUUGGCGGAGCGUUGAAGUUGUUCAUCUGAGACAGAACAUGAGAAUCACUCCUGGACUAUCUGAUUCAAAUGACUUCGCUUCCAAAUUCUUACACAUCGGCGAAGGACGAUUGCCCUCUAACGAGGACGGAUCCACGACCCUGACAGCGGAUCUCUGUCAUCUGACCGACACAUUGGAGGAACUCCUCGAGCGAGUUUAUCCCAGCAUAGCGGUGAAUCACCUAAGUCACGAAUGA